CCUUAUUACUCACUCAUCUGCCUCUCCUCCCCUCCUCCCCUGUCUGAUCUCCCUCUCUGUCCUUCUCUUCUCUCUCUCUCUCUCUCUCUCUCUCCCCCCUCCCUCUCCCACUCCCUCUGAACUCAGAGCCAUUUCUUCUGCUGCACGCGCCAGCCUUCGGUGCCACUCCCUUCCAUUAAUCCAUCAUUACUAUGCAGCUGGGCAGCUGCUCCUCAUAGCAAAGGCUCGAGCUUUUUGCUUCUCUCUACCCACUUGGGCAUUGAAGAAGGCCAUCACUCGAUCGUCACCUAUCAACUCUCGGAGCAGAGCCAGAGAUGUUGGAUCUCAAUGUCGAGAUCAUCUCGAGGGACUCGUCGUCCUGCUGCGAUAACCAGGUCCUCGUAAUGGCCGUCAAGGAGGAGGAGGAGGAGCUCAUAGGAGGCAAAGGAGGAGAUCAGGAGGACGAAGAAGAGGAGGAGCAUUCCGCCGGGACCUCGGAGUCCUCCUCCGUGGUCAACGCCGAUGAGUCCCCGGCCAAUGCUGGGGAUGAGAACUCCUCCAGCGGUGCAGUUGGGCGCUUCAUCUUCGAUGUCUUCAAGAAGGAGGAGGACGAGAGCUAUCCGUCGGAGCUCUUAACCCGGCAGCUCUUCCCUGCGCCAGGUGGAGGGCCGGAGGAACCCGGGUUUGGACCGCUCCCGGCUGCUGCCGACACCCCCCCAAGGCCGCAGUGGCUGAACCUGUCGUUUGGAAGUGGCGGCAGCGGUGGACAGCCGGGCGGGCCUCUGCUGGCUGGGGAGCUGAGGAAUUUCCAGCCCCAGAGGCAACAGCAGGUCAGGAAGAGCCGCCGGGGGCCGCGGUCCCGGAGCUCACAGUAUCGCGGAGUCACCUUCUACCGGCGGACCGGCCGGUGGGAAUCACAUAUAUGGGACUGUGGAAAACAAGUUUACUUAGGUGGGUUUGAUACUGCAUAUGCAGCAGCAAGAGCGUAUGAUCGGGCGGCCAUAAAGUUCCGAGGAGUUGAUGCGGAUAUAAAUUUCAGUAUAAGCGAUUACGAGCAAGACAUGAAACAGAUGGGGAACUUGACAAAGGAGGAAUUUGUGCACAUCCUCCGUCGACAGAGCACUGGUGUCUCGAGAGGGAGCUCGAAGUAUCGAGGCAUGGCGCUGCAAAAGUGCGGGCGGUGGGACAGUAGAGUGGGCCAAUUCUUGGGGAAAAAGCCUCAUGACAAGGUGAUUAUACAGUACAAUGGUGGAGAAGGCGUGAACAACCUCGAUCAUGGUGGUGACGAGCGCGAGAUCAUUAUGGAUGCCACCGGUGAAGGCAGUGGAGGCCACAAUCUUGAUCUCAACCUGGGAAUGGCCCUGCCUUCGAGUGAUUCAAAGAAGGUUAAAGUCGGGGGGAACUACCGCGUCAACUAUAUCGACUGUGAGGCGCCCAGUCUAGAAAUACCUACAGUUGACUGCUCCAACACUGUUUCUGCACCUAACAAGCAUCUUCCCAGUUGGCCUGCUAUGUACCCUUUUCUCUUACCAAGCUCGGAGGGGAAGGCAAUGGAGAAGAGGAGGGCAGAGGCUCCAGCAAGCCCGAACAUUGGGUGGCAAAUACCGAUUAAUGGAAACUUCGGGGGCACAUCUGCAGGCCCAUUAAUGCCACUCAUGUUCACAUCAAGCAAUGCAGCAUCAUCAGGAUUCUCUUCUCCUUCCUCCUCCAAUUCCUCAUCCACUCAUCACCAUCUUCACAAGCUCCCUGCAGCCCCACAAAACCCUAAUCCACAGCUCCUCAUAAAGCCUGGCUCCAAUAUUAAUAAUAACAACCCUUUCCCUUUCUUCACUUUCAGGAGCUGAAAUUACUCAACCAUAUGAUAAAAAACCAUUCUAUAUAUUGAAUUGCCUUGGGGUGAAAUAUAUAUAUUGUAUGGUGCAUCAAUUGAUGCCAUACUCUUUGCCAUACUCUUUGGCAAUUUGUAUUGUAUAUGUAGAUAAAUGUGAUACACAUACACAUAAUUUGCUCAAGAAAACCCAACUAAUCAAUAAGUGUUUGUUAUAUUUUCUCAUCCCA